UCGGACUAGGCGGGUGCAGCGCGGACGGGGGACCCAGAGUGCCAGGAGGCGGAGGGUGGGCCCCCACAGUCACAUGAUCCCAGCCAGCUGUUAGCAGCGGGUUGGGGAGCUCAGAGUCUGGGAAAGGGGACGCGCCCGGCUGUCGCCUCCUCUGCUGCCUUUGCAGCCCCUGAUGUCUACGCAGUAAUUCAGCGGCCACAGCGCCGGCAUCCAGCGCUAGCAUCCGGCGCCCCCAUCCCGGCGGUCGUAGCAUCGGCACCGCAGGACUCUGCCGGAGCCCGCCGCCUGGCAGGAUGGCUGGGGCUCCUCCAAGCUACUGUUUUGUGGCCUUGCCUCCACGUGCUAAGGAUGACUUGGUGGUGUUUGGGAAAAAUUCUGCCCGGCCCAGAGACGAAGUGCAAGAGGUUGUGUAUUUCCCGGCUGCUGAUCAUGAUGCUGAGAGCAAGGUUGAGUGCACUUAUAUUUCAAUUGACCAAGUUCCCAGGACCCACGCCAUAGUGAUAAGCAGACCAGCUUGGCUUUGGGGGGCAGAAAUGGGAGCCAAUGAACAUGGAGUAUGCAUUGCCAAUGAAGCCAUCAACGCCAGAGAGCCAGCUUCUGAGGUGGAAGCCUUACUGGGGAUGGAUCUGGUCAGGCUUGGUUUAGAGCGAGGGACAACAGCCAAAGAAGCCUUAGACAUCAUUGUCUCCUUGUUGGAAGAACACGGACAAGGCGGGAAUUAUUAUGAAGAUAGCCACUCCUGUCAGAGCUUCCAAAGUGCAUAUCUGUUGGUGGAUCGUGAUGAAGCCUGGGUGCUGGAGACUGUCGGGAAGUACUGGGCUGCCGAGAAGAUCACAGAGGGUGUGAGGAGCAUUUGCAAUCAGCUUUCACUCACCACUAAGCUGGACGCAGAGCAUCCAGAACUCAGGACUUAUGCUCAGAGUCAAGAGUGGUGGACAGGAGAGGAUGAGUUCAAUUUUUCCCAGAUUUUUUCUUUGGCCGAUGAUCAUUUGGACUGCUGUGCUGGCAAAGACAGUCUAGAAAAGCAAGAAGAAAGCAUCACUGUGCAGACAAUGAUUAAUAUCUUACGAGACAAAGCCAGUGGGGUCUGCAUAGACUCAGAGGCUUUCCUUACCACAGCCAGUAUAGUGUCGGUUCUGCCUCAGAAUAGAAGCUCACCAUGCAUCCACUACUUCACUGGGACCCCAGAUCCUUCCAGGUCCAUAUUCAAGCCUUUCAUCUUUGUUGAUGAUGUAAAGCUUGUCCCCAAAGUACAGUCUCCCUGUUUUGGUGACGAGGACCCAGCCAAAAAAGAGCCUCGGUUCCAGGAGAAGCGGGACCGCAGGCAUGAACUGUACAAGGCGCACGAGUGGGCACGCGCUGUCAUCGAGAGUGACCAGGAGCAAGGCCGCACACUGAGAGAGACCAUGCUGGAGUUGGAGAGGCAAGGCCUGGAAGCCAUGGAGGAGAUCCUGAGCAGCCACAAUGCCGCAGACCCUGCCGAGGUGGGGGACCUUUUCUAUGACUGUGUCGAUACAGAGAUUAAGUUCUUUAAGUGAAGUAAGCAUCCCCUGUCCUUAUUUAAAACUUCCCACCUGACUAAAUUACCAGCAGAAAAAACAUUCUGUUGUUUGAGUAAAAUGAGAAGGUUCCAUGUUGCCUCCUCCCCUGAAGCCAGAUCCACCUGUUACCUUGCGUCCAAAUGUCCACUUCUCUUCAGCUUAGGUCCCCACCCUUUGCUAUGUAACAUGUAUCCCACUUGCCUAUUGUUCCAUUGUGUGAUAAGUUGUGGAUUUAAGCUGCUACUCUUGUAUUUUAGUAAUAGUGGGCACAUUAGCCUCUUAUGAGGGGACUAGAGUUGGUGGAGCUUUGAGAGCCUCAGGGCAGCUUGAUGGGAAAGGCAAGAGCUUGGGAAGGCCCAGUCUUUAUAUUUCCUCCAGGUUAACAGAAGGCUUUUGUUCAUACAGAGAGCUCUUAUGUGUGUAGACAGAGAGAAAUCCCAGCUUCCCUCUGUUGGAGCACAGGUCUGUGUGUGGCUUACAGUCCUGAUAGGUAUGUCCUGGCAAAGCCAGUGGGAAGGAACAGAAGGUCCCCUUGCACAGGCCUAGCUCUGUCACAGUGUCUUUGACCCUGAAGGAGCUGUUCUCCAUGUGCAAUGGACACAGACCUGCUUCCACGUUAGAAGAACUGGCCAUGCCUUAGAGGACCUGCCUUAGAGGUUCCAGACUUGCAUAAUUCUUCUCACCCAGCCCUGCACCCGCCCUAUGGACAUGGCAUUGUCUAGAAAUGAUUUGGGAUUUGGUUGCCAGUUCCUUGUCUAGGACUCUUAAGAUGGCCUUAGUACACUUAGUUCCACACAGCUGCAAAUCUCAGCUAAUGAGGGGAAGAAAAAAGAAGCUCUUGACUACUUAGUAGUGAAAGCUGCUAGAAGUCUCUGUCUCAGCAGAUUGCAAUUAAAAUUAUUUUCAACAUCAUGUUUAUAUAAGAGAGUUGACUUCCCAUCAGAGCACAGAAAUGUGUGCAAAGAAGAGCAGGUGGGCUUUGGCCUAGGAAGACAGAGGACACGCUGAUGACAGAUGGCUAUGGUGCAUUUCUCUGCAGAAGAACAGCCAGCCUUGCCCUUCUUGUCCAGUCUGCUAGAUCCCAAGAAUUAGUGUCUGAAGCAACUGAUCUGGGUGUCCUCCAUUAGUUCUCACUACCCACUGCCCGACAGCUGCCUUUAGACUGGUGGCUGGAAUAGGAGCAAGCUGAGAAAGUGCUUGUCUCUGUCUACCAGAACUCUCCCCUGUUCCCGAAGUGGCCAAGAGGGCAGAGAUGACUGACAGACGUUUAUGUCAGAGGAGAGCAAGUGUGGUUGCACCAUUGGGGUUUAAUUUUACCUUCUCAUUCUUGACAGGGGUCUGAAAACAGAAAUAUGCUUAUCAGUGAUCCCUAAAUGGUUUAGGGUCCCCAGCACCUUCUCAGCAGCAGCAUGUGGGCCAUGACAACUGACAGAAACCUGGCCCCUCAUUAUGCAAAUGUGAUACAGGUCAGAGGUUUUAUUGGAACAAGUAUUUUUUUUCUACCAACCCUCCUUUAAGAGGGUAGGUAUAUGCUGUGGAUCUUUUGCUCAGCAGUUUUGUAAAUUCCAUAUGUAAAAUAACAAAUGGCAAACCAUGAGCAAUGGGAAGAAUAUUUCAGCUGACAAAUUCAUGGAGUCUAGUGGUGGCUUGCAGUUGCUAAGAGUUUUGGAUAGGUUUACCCUGACAUUUGUUGCUCAUGAACGGAGGGUCACAGGGAGAUCAACUAAUCUGAAAAUGUCCAUAGUUGCUAAGGGAAGAAGGGUGAGGUUCGAGGAAGAUGUGGUUACCUGUCCACUGCCAUACCUACCUGCUGAAUUAUUUAAAGUAAGAGGAUGUAGAAAGCCAUUCUGCGAUGUCCCUGUGUGGCCUCACCUCCACCUGUGAGGACAACAUUUCAUCAGCAGAUCUGACAAGUGUGAGAGACCCAAGGUGAUUCAGGGUUUGAUCAGAAGUCUAGCGAGGAUAAAUUACACAGCGACCUUCUCUCAUUGCUCUGGCCAAGGUUGCAGAUAGCCAUGCCAACUUGAUGUCAUUAUGCACUAGGCAAUACAAUGACUACUUCUGUUAUUGCACCUUAGUCCAGCAUCGCGGAGAAGGUCCAAGUGCACCCCUCCUUGAGUGCACUGUGUAUCACAACCUUGGUGUCCCCAUCUUACCACUAGAGGGCUCUGUGAGCUAUCUGGCAAAAGUUAACCUGCUUGGUUUUCCCAUUAGGCGUUGGAGGUGACUUGUGUAGAGUCAAAGCUAGGAUGAUAGUAGAGAAUACAUUCUUUGUGUAUUGGGAAGUAGAGGAACAGACAAGAAGACAACUAGGAUCUCAUGGUGUGCCUGCAGGUACUUUUAGUGACUUUUAUCUACAUUAACAACAGAAAAGAUAGGGAUUGUGAGAAAGCAGAGGAGUAUUUGUUUUUCAAGGUUCUCAAAGAUUUUUCUUUGAAGAAAUACUUUUAUAUGGAUAAUUUCUUAAUCAGGGCUUGCAACAUGGAGAAAAUGAAUAUUCAUGUUAAAAUAAAAUUGUUGUGCUUAAACUUUUCAGAAGACCACUGUGCAUCUAUUAAGCCUCAGGGGUUGGUCACCUGAGCAUGCUUUGUGCAGAAAUAAGUUGUAGCCAUUAAGGACAGACUAUCUACCCCAACCUGCCCCACAGAACACAGCAUAAGUAGUUAGUCUUGUCAUGUAGAUGAAAUUUCUAAUAAGUGAAAACAUCCCUCAUAGCCAAGGGCAGGCACUUGAGUGAAAGUACAUUAGCAAAGCAGAAAUAGUUCUUUUUCAUUCUUGGGGGUGGCUAUAGAAUAGGAACCUGAUCAAAGCUUCAGAGACUAGUUAACAGCAGGUGUAUGCUUGAUAGAUCUUAGCAGCGAAGUUCCUUUACUAUCAGGCGAAUCAGUAGGUAUGAAAAAUAACUCAACCAGAAAGCUUAAUGUCAUCCCACAUAGGUGAUACUGCUCUGCAGGCCCAGCAGGGAAGAUGGGUGACGGGUGUGUCUGUCAUGAAAUCAUUGACUUCAUUCUUUUAUUAUAAAUGCCUUCAGCUGAGCUCCGACUUUAGGAGAAAGCACAGGGAAGAGACGGGAGGGACCACUUCUCCGGGCAAGCUCCCAUGGAGAGGGGGAAGUGGCAGGUGACUGCCUAGCCACUCCAGCAUGCCCCAGUGCUUCCUUAGCUGUGGUGUUUUAUUCCACACCGUCCGGAGGCCCUGCUCCCCUUCUGUGGUGUGUGUCAAAAUGUGCUUUAUGUGAUUGAUGCCAACCACCCUGAAAUGUCACAUGCAGAAUUCUUGUGGGAACCUAUAUACAUGUCUUUACUCAUGUUAUGAGAACUGAAAUGUGGCAUCGGGGAAGUGCUGUUGGCAGGGAACAAUAUAACAGAAAACCCUUGUUUCCUGCAGUGGGGACCAGCCAUGUGGUCUUAACUGUCUUUUGUACAAAUGCCUACAGAUCAGAUAAUGUCCCUAUCCAGUGCUUGCCUCGGGAUUGUCUCUAAAUGCACCAAGUGUAUAAUAAAAAUAUUGACGUUCGUGUU